CGCGGCAUCACUGGCAAACGAGCGGCACCCGCUAGCUAGUAAAAUGGUAUCUAAGCUACUCGUUACAGCAUCACUUCGACCAGAAUCAUUCAAGCCAUGAAGCACUUCACACAAGCACGAGUGAUUCUUGUAACGUUGCUGGCCCAUUCGGCCUUCGCAAGCACCCAGGAGGAUGCAAAUCGCUUCAUAGACGAGUUACUUGGUCAACGAUUGCGGCAAGAGGCUUAUCGCUUUCAGCUUGACGGAGUACCCUUAGAUGAUUUUAAAUUUAAAAUCAAGAAAGAGUUGGAACUUGGUAUUCUCCCGACACACCGAGACAUCAAAGCGAACUUUACCAAUGGCAUGCUUAAGGGGCUCACCAUGCUGCGCCGCAAGGCUGGCUGCAACCCGACUGUUUAUGUUGAAAAUAAAGUUACUCUUACCUGCCCACUCGAUGUAAGUAACACAGAAGCCACGUACACUUCUUUUGUGAAGGGAUUUAACAUCGUCGGUCAGGUGAAAGAGGUUGGGGUAAAAGUAAAAAUUAUUGACACCUUCGUCAACUUCGAGAUCCAGGAAGAGCAGAACCAGCAUCCCGCGGUGAAGACUUUCCACAUUGACAAGCUUCGCACGCUGGUCGAAAUGCCCGAUAUUGGUUUCAAUGAGGAACGCCAGUCGAAAUUCAAGGAGGAAGUUGAAAAAGGCGUCCAUCCACUUAUAUUUAAUGCUCUCACUGGAAAAUUUCUCGAUGCCCUCAAUUCUGCCCUUAGACAAAAUAAUGUGAAACUGCCACCGGUUUAAUUAUAUGCAAUGUAACUAAUCUGUCUCACUUGUAGUAUUGGCUGUACAACCCGUGCGUACAAUCAAAGGGGUGAAAAUUAAUAAAAACGCCUGCCAAUACAAUCCGUAUGA